GCCUCUAAUACUCACUCACUUAAAGAAGCUUGUAGCUUCUGAUCAGUUUUUAAGGAUACAUUUUGUGUAAUCUUGAACCCUUAUUAGAGGUGUUUUAGAAGGGGUGAUUUCCAAUGCGGAUUCUUUCCGUCUCCCGAUGCGUGGUGAUUGGUGCCUUGGUUUCAUUGCUGGUCUCUGUGAGCUUCUCUUAUGGGGAUGAUAGAACAGUUGAGGUGGUUGGAUUAGGAGAAUGUUCAGACUGCAAAGAAAGCAACAUUGAGACUAGCCAAGCCUUCUCUGGGCUUCGAGUGACAGUCGAUUGCAAAGCCAACGAAGGACAUUUCCAAACUCGAGGAGUUGGAGAGCUCGACAAAGAAGGACAAUUCAAGGUGAGUCUUCCAAAGGAAAUUUUGGAAGAUGGAAAACUCAAGGAAGAAUGCUAUGCACAACUUCACAGUGCAUCGUCCACUCCCUGUCCUGCUCACAAUGGACUAGAGUCAUCAAAGAUCGUCUUCCAGUCCAAAACUAAUGAAAAACACACCUUUAGUACUGCCGGAAAACUGAAAUUCUCUACACCUGUGUGCGCUUCAGCCUUCUUGUGGAAAUACAAGUACUCUCCUAAGCCACCACACCCAUGGAAAAAGUACCUGACUGAUCACCCUUGGAAAAAGAAGUACCUUCCACCCCUGUCUCCUCACCCAUGGAAGAAGUACUUUACACCAAAGCCGGUUUAUACAUAUCCACCAAAGCCGGUUUAUUCAUAUCCACCAAAGCCGGUUUAUACACCUAAACCGGUUUAUACACAUCCACCAAAACCGGUUUAUACACCAAAGCCCCCAAGUCCUGUUUAUACACAUCCACCAAAGCCGGUUUAUACACCUAAGCCGGUUUAUUCCCAUCCCCCCACUCCCGUCUAUACUUAUCCACCAAAGCCGGUUUAUAAGCAUCCAAUUUAUAAGAAGCCCUGCCCACCCAUUGUACCUUUGCCUAAACCUAUUUACAAGAAGCCUUGCCCACCCAUUGUUCUUCCCCCCAAGUUCUUCCACCACCCUAAAAUGAAGUACUUCCCUCCCAUGCCACCUCACUUCUCCCACCAUCCUUGAAGCUUCCGUCUUGGUGUUUAGCCUGUUGAAUAACCUCUCGUUUAAUUUCCUCGUUGCAACAAUAAUAAAAACCUUCGUGGAGAUAGAUCUACAGUUGAAGACUUGGAGUGUGCUGAGUGCUUGUGUUAGUUGAUGGAACAAAUUUGAUGUGUGUUAUGUUUUUUUUUUCUAUGGUUUUUCAAGGUUGCAUUUGUAAGUUGAUAAGCAAGCAGAUCAUUUCUAUUUGAAAUAUAUUAAUCUUGUUUCAGUGAUCAA